AUGGCUGUUCUAGUUACAGGUGCUACAGGUUUCAUCGCCCAAUGGGUCGUGGAUUAUUUGUUAAAGGAGAAUUACCAAGUCAUCGGUACUGUUAGAUCUCAGGAGAAGGGAGACAAGUUGCACAAGCAAUUCGGAAGUCCUUCCAAUUUGAGCUUUGAAAUCGUUAAGGACAUUUCUGAAACCGAGGCAUUCGAACCUCUUUUCGAAAAGAGAGGUAAGGAAAUAGACAUUGUGUUGCACACCGCAUCACCAUUCCACUUUAACACUAAAGACUAUGAAAAGGAUCUAUUGAUUCCUGCGCUAAACGGUACAAGGGGUGUUCUUAAUGCCAUCAAGAAGUAUGGUGAUGUGAAGAAGGUCGUCGUCACCUCCUCAUACGCUUCCAUCGUGGAUGUCUCUAAAUUUGCUGACGGUAGCUGUGUCUUCACCGAGAAGGACUGGAAUCCUGCCACUUGGGAAGGAUGCCAGACUGACCCUAUGAGCGCCUACUGUGCUUCGAAGAAAUUUGCAGAAGAGGCCGCUUGGGAGUUUGCAAAGGAGACCGGUGUGUCAAUGACCACCGUCAACCCUGUUUUCGUUUUCGGACCACAGAAAUUCGAUGAAGACGUUAAGGCUCAAUUGAACACUUCAAAUGAGAUCCUUAACGGUUUAAUUCACAGCAAGCCAGGUGACAAGAUCGAACCAGAUUACCAUGCUGCCUUCGUCGAUGUUCGUGAUGUUGCCAAGGCUCAUUUGGUUGCAUUCCAAAAGGAAACCAAUGGUGAAAGAUUGGGUCUUUCCAACGGUGGAUUUGGCUCUCAAACCAUCCUUGAUAUUUUGAAUGAGAAGUUCCCUCAAUUGGAGUUCGCCAAGGGACCUGAACCUGGUAAGGGAGACACAAAGCCUGCCGCUAAGUUCGACAACAGUCACUCGAACAAAGUGCUAGGAUUCCCAUUAAUCAGCCUUGAGCAAUCAGUCUACGACACUGUUGCACAAGUUUUGAAGAAGGAAGGACGUUUGUAG